CUUUUUUUGUGCCUCGAGUCGCGCGCGCUCUCGCUCUCGCUCUCUCUCUCCUUCUCCCUCUCUCUCUCUCUCUCUCUAUCAGACGGAGCGGUCGAGUCACGGGAUUCAGGUGUCUUGGCAAGGCGCAGUGCCAGCUAAAGAGCGGUGUGUCCUCCUUGUCGGUCGUGUGACGUGAGGACUGGUAAUAGAACAGCAGCAGCAUGCAGUUGGACCAAGCCCAGGUCAUCAAGGCCUGCAAGGCCCUCACGGCCUACCUCAAGAAGAACGAGGAUGAGAGUCUCCUCGAUGAAGAACGCGGCGUUUACAUGCUCAUCACCCUGGCCGGUGUCCCUCGCAAACCGAGCAAGCCCUUUCGCAUCCCAUUGAAGCACUUUUUGUAUGACCACGAUGGCGCUCGCCUGUGCCUCAUUGUCAAAGACCCCGAAGAGUACUUUGCCACAAUUGCGGCUCAAGAAGGCCACAAGAAUUUGACGGUCAUUGGCUACAGCCGACUUGAGAAGGAGUUCAAAACACAUGAAGCGCGCCGCCAGUUGCUCAACUCUUUUGAUUUCUUCAUGGCCGAUGAGCGUGUGCUGCCUUCCAUGUCCCGUCUCCUGGGCACCAAGUUCACCAGCAAGAAAAAAUCACCUGUUGGCGUCAAGCUCAAAAACCGCAAGUUCACUCCCGCCAUUCGUCGUGCCCUCGAGGCCUCAUACUUUCACCUCAGUGGCUCCAGCUGCUCUCUGCGCAUUGGCAAUAGUGCCAUGACCUGGAAGCAGCUCGGUGAGAACGUCCUCGUGGCCAUGCCUCACAUCAUUGACGUCCUUCCCCACAAGGAAAAGCUUCUGCAGGCUGUCUUGAUUCAAGCAGAUAACACCAUUGCUCUUCCCGUGUGGCAUGCCACUGCUGAUGAGCUGGAUGCUGCCGAGUCGACCCUCAAGCUUGGCACGUCCGUUAAGACUGGCGCCAAGUCUACCGUCACUGUCCAAGACAUGCUUCAGGAAGCCGUCACCGAGUACCAACCCAUGGAGGAGGAUAUGGAGGAGACAGAGGCACCGCAGAACAAAAAGAAGGCGCCAGCCAAGAAGGCACCAGUCAAGAAGGUACCAGCCAAGCGACAAGCCAAGGCCACCAAUGGUGAUGCCAAGAAGGAGCCCGCCGAUGCCGCCACACCAGCCAAAAAGGCCAAGGCCUCGCCUGCCGCCACCCCCAAGGCCGCCAGCAAGCCCGCCACCCCCAAGGCCGCCAGCAAGCCCGCCACCCCCAAGGCCGCCAGCAAGCCCGCCACCCCCAAGGCCGCCAGCAAGCCCGCCACCCCCAAGGCCGCCAGCAAGCCCGCUACUCCCAAGGCCGCCAGCAAGCCCGCCACCCCCAAGGCCGCCAGCAAGCCCGCUACUCCCAAGGCCGCCAGCAAGGCCGCCACCCCCAAGGCCGCCAGCAAGCCCGCCACCCCCAAGGCCGCCAGCAAGCCCGCUACUCCCAAGGCCGCCAGCAAGCCCGCCACCCCCAAGGCCGCCAGCAAGCCCGCUACUCCCAAGGCCGCCAGCAAGGCCGCCACCCCCAAGGCCGCCAGCAAGCCCGCUACUCCCAAAGCUGCCAGCAAGCCCGCCACCCUCAAAGCUGCCAGCAAGCCCGCUACUCCCAAGGCUGCCAGCAAGCCGACAACUCCAAAAUCUGCCAAACGUACUGGCUCUGCCAAGGCAACCCCAAAGUCGGCACGGCGGUAAUGUUUCGGAGAGUACUGGGUGUCUCAUAGUUUCCACACCCACCGAUGCGUCGACGCUCGUCUGUCCGUUUUUUGUGUUGAGCACGCCUAGGGCUCCCCAAUGUCGACUGUUUCUUUGUCCUUUUGAUUUGUUCUUUUCUUUCUCUUCUUUUUUUAAGCAGCAGUGUUGCAUCAGCGAUGAAAUUGACUUGGCACUCUC